GGUUUGACAACAAAUGACCUGUUUGACUUCAGCUGUAGCUAUGCGUCCUCUCUAUUGCAGGACUACAACAUGGAAAACUGGACAAGAUCUGCUAAGGUCACUUACAAGCGCUGGAGGAAUCCUGAACCAGGAGAUGAGGGAGAUUUUGUGGGUCACACUGAUGAAGACCAGGCCACGGAUAAUGAGAUCUGCACCAUUGCCUCAGCAAAAGUCGACUCAGGGAGCAGAGAGUCCGCAAACAGCUCUGGAAAUAAUAAAACUGCAGGAACGUUUACAGUGGACGAUGCACUGGAAAUGAUCGGAUUUGGAGUCUUUCAGUGGAAGAUCUCGUUCGUUACGGGACUCGCGUGGGUGGGAGAUUCCAUGGAGAUGAUGAUCCUCAGCAUCCUGGGCCCCGAGCUGCACUGUGACUGGAGUCUCCCCAGCUAUCAAGUGGCCCUCAUAACAUCAGUUGUUUUUAUUGGGAUGGGGUUCAGCUCACUCGUUUGGGGUAAUGUGGCUGACAAGUACGGAAGGAAAGUAGGUCUGGUAAUGUCCAUGUGCUGGGCUCUGUACUACGGCCUGCUCAGCGCCUUCAGUCCAGUCUACGGCUGGCUGCUGGCCCUUCGAGGCUUCGUAGGCUUUGGCAUCGGAGGAACACCUCAGUCAGUGACUCUGUACUCUGAAUUCCUUCCCGUGAGAGCAAGAGGCAUGUCCAUUAUGUUGAUGGCGGUUUUCUGGGUCCUUGGCACCGUGUCCGAGGUCCUCCUAGCCCUGUGGGUAAUGCCCACUCUGGGUUGGAGGUGGCUACUUGGUCUCUCUGCCAUUCCAGUGGGAAUUUUUGUUUCUUUCUGCUUUUGGUUGCCUGAAAGUCCUCGUUUUGAUGUGCUGUCGGGGAGAAGAGAAAAGGCCAUAGCAACUCUGACUCGCAUCGCCCGUGAGAACGGCAAAGAAUUGCCUCAGGGAACACUCAUCGAAUAUAAACAGAAUGAACGUGGGCAGUAUAAAGAUCUUUUUUCUCAACAGUACUGGAAGAUUACUCUUCUUCUAUGGUUUAUAUGGUUUUCUUUUGCCUUCUCUUACUUUGGGAUUGUCCUGCUGACCACUGAACUGUUCCAAACAGAGUCAUGCGGAAUGGCCCAGGGAAGCAGCAUUGAACCGAGGUGCAGCUUAGAAUGUAAAUAUUUGACAUCAGCUGACUACAAGGAUCUGUUAUGGACAACCUUGGCAGAGUUCCCCGGCCUUUUAAUAAUCCUGUUUGCAGUUGAUUACCUUGGCAGAAAGAAAAGCAUGGCGAUUUGUUUUUUCAUGUUUUCUUUGUGUAUUCUGCCCUUGUAUGCUUGCAUUGGGAGGAUAGGUCAGACGAUAUUCAUCUUCAUUGCAAGAGCCUUCAUCUCUGGAGGAUACCAAGUUGUUUUUGUUUACACACCAGAGGUUUUUCCCACAGAAAUCAGAGCCUUGGGCAUGGGGACUUGCAGUGCUUUUGCAAGAGUUGGUGCUCUGAUUACCCCAUUUGUGGCUCAGGUGCUGCUCAGGACAUCAAUGUAUCUGACCCUUUCGGUGUACUGUGGCUGCAGUCUGCUUGCUGCCCUUGCAUCCAUAUUUCUGCCUAUUGAGACUCUGGGCAGGAGUCUGCAGGAGUCCAGCCUUGACUCAGACAGAUAAACAACAUAACCAGACUGUCAAAUAGUUCAACACGCGCCAUGGACCAAUGACAGGUCAACCAGGAAGAAAGUAAUAUUUUGUGCCAUCUAAGCCUUCUGGGAAUACAUUUGCUUUUGCAACAAUGAACUGAAUUAUCAGAAUGAUGACUGGACAAGGUCAGAGGGCAAUCUUACAAACAGGAGGGAAAUAAGUGAAGGGCUGCUGUCUGUGUCUAACAAUAGCAGAACGAUUUUGUACAUUAUCUUCCAUUUCAACCAAAAAUUAAUUGAGUCAUAGUCACCUUAGACAUUUUUUGGAUCGUUCAUAAAAUGAUGCUGCUUAAUUAGACUCAGAAAAACAAGAGGUCACUUUGAGCCAAAUGGAAAUCAGUAAUUUCCAAAAUUAAUGUCUUAUAGUUUUUCUCCUGUCUGUUUUACUGAACUGGAUGUAGAAGGAAAAAAUCAUCUUGGUGAAAUAAAACCUGAUAGAUUGAGGAGUGUAGGAGAUCUGUAUGAUAAUGGAUUGUAAUUUAAAAUCUUUUAAGAAUUGGAAACAGGAAUGUAUCAUGUUCUAUUUCAAAAGCUAUCCCAUGAAUUUUUAUUUUAUGUAUUGGACUAACACAAAAUUAUCCAUUUUGAUCAAAUGAGAGGACAUUAAUUUAUGCUUUUUUGUGCAGUUUUACAAAUAAAAAAAAAUUAAACUG